GUCACACAGGACUGUCAACAUGUCGACAUACCCCUAUAUAAGAUACUCUCCAGGAAAGUCUGACUCAUUUUAGCCCUCCACCACAGAGAACCGCAGAGAUGAGUUGUGAAGAGCAGAAGAUGACGACAAAAAAGGAAGCAGGACCCAUGCGUGUUAUGGUGACUGGCGGAUCUGGGAUGAUGGGUAAAGCCAUUGAGCAUGUGGUGCUGCAUGAAGGAGGGAAACUGGAAGGGGAAGAGUGGUUCUUCCUGUCCUCUAAGGAUGCCAAUCUUGUAGAUCUUGAACAGACCAAAGCGGUGUUUGAGAAGUACCGGCCUACACACGUCAUUCACCUGGCUGCAAAAGUGGGAGGACUCUAUCUACACAUGAGGGACAACCUGCAUUUCCUGGCAGACAACCUUAAAAUCAACGAAAAUGUUCUCCAUACAGCCUAUAGCAUGGGCGUCGUCAAGGUGGUGUCCUGCCUGUCCAGCUGCAUCUUUCCUGACAAAACCACCUACCCGAUUGAUGAGACGAUGAUACACAACGGGCCUCCUCAUGACUCUAACUUUGGUUACUCGUAUGCUAAAAGGAUGAUUGAUAUUCUAAACAAGGCUUACUUUGAGCAGUACGGAUGUUGUUACACAGCAGUCAUCCCCACCAACGUGUUCGGCCCUUACGACAACUUUAAUGUAGAAACUGCACAUGUGCUGUCGGCUCUCGUGAACAAAACCUACAAGGCCAAAAAGGAAGGAACUGCUGUGACAGUGUGUGGCUCAGGAGCACCAAGAAGACAAUUUGUCUAUUCUCUGGACUUGGGCCGCCUGAUUAUUUGGACCCUGAGGGAGUAUAAUGAAAUCAGCCCUAUCAUUCUCAAUGCUGAAAACGAUGCUGAAGUUGCCAUCAAAGAUGCUGCGGAGAUGAUUGCAGAAGCUUUCAACUUUGAAGGUGAAAUAAAGUACGACACCUCCAUGUCUGACGGCCAGCUGAAGAAGACAACCAGCAAUGCCAAGCUGAGAAGAUACUGCCCUGACUUCACCUUUACCCCUCUGAAAGACGCGAUAAAGAUGACCUGUGACUGGCUUACAGCCAACUAUGACACUGCUCGGACAUGAAUUCAUCCCACACUGAGCUGCAAACAAACUCCUUCUCUGGAAUUGUGGUUUAUUUGUUCUUCAAUGAAUGGGGCUGGUUUAUUUAUUUUUUUAAGGUCUAUUUUGGGCAUUUUUGUGCCUUUAUUUGAUGGAGGGGGAUGGUGGAUGGUGGAUGGGGAUGG